UGCCUGAGAAUGAUGAUCAAACGAUCUCAAACGCGACGUAGUACUUGUUAACAUCUUGAACUAAUGUGAUGUGAAUUGGGUGGCGUGCAUAGAAGAACAAUUCGCAAUCACAAUAGUUUGGCCGGAAAAUGAGUCUUGUCGAAGAUUUAAUUCUUCUGGUUGAUCGAUCUAUCAUAAUCAGUUGCUGGAAGUACAUUUUUCCUGUACUGGUAGUAGUUUAUUUGAUUAUUUUUUUGUACGAUAAGCAUCGUUAUGGAAGAAGAAAAGUCGAAAAACCAAAUGUGGCUAGGGAAAAACUAGAUGGAUUAGAAUAUGUAGGAGAAAUUUAUUCUGAAGAGUUCGACCCAACACCGGUGCUCGAAGAAAAAGAACAUGUUCCAUUCGUCGGAGCCACAAUUGUUUUGGACGAGAAUCCUAUUAAAGCAGCCGAUCGUUUCUAUGAUAUCGUUAAUAACCGUCGCAGCGUACGUCAAUUCAGUUCUCGACCAGUAGAUGUUUCCAUCGUAGAGAAAUGCAUUCACGCGGCCGGUACCAGUCCAAGUGGCGCCCAUACAGAACCUUGGAGCUUCUGCUUAGUUUCCGAUCCCAAAACUAAAGGCCAGAUUCGCGAAAUUGUUGAAGCAGAAGAAUUGAUCAACUAUCAACAGCGAAUGUCCAAACAAUGGACCACCGAUUUGAGACCUCUGAAGACGAACCACUUGAAGGAAUACCUAACCGAAGCACCUUAUUUGAUUCUUAUAUUCAAACAGACUUACGGAGUCAAGGAAGAUGGCAGUAAAAAGCAGCAUUAUUACAAUGAAAUCUCAACAUCAAUCGCCACUGGAGUAUUGCUCUGUGCUCUGCAAGCUGCGGGCUUGAAUUCUCUAGUAACCACUCCAUUGAACUGUGGACCAGCACUUCGGCAGCUUUUGAGCAGACCAGUGAAUGAGAAACUGUUGGUACUUCUUCCGGUAGGCUACUCGUCUAAACAUUGCACCGUUCCAGAUCUGCACCGAAAGCCGAUUGAGGACAUUUUGGUGAAAUAUUGAGAGAUUUAUGAUUUUAUUAAUAGGUUUAUCUACUGUUCAUUGGCUAACACUAUUCCAAAGAAAUUCAAUUUAUACUAUAUAUAAUAAUUAUGUGAAAAUAAGCAAAUUAUGUUUUUUUGAUGUUUUUCUGAAUAUAUUAGUAACAGUAAUA